AUGUUUGAGAUUCUUCGGGCGGUUUCCACCGCCGGGACUGCAUUAGCUCUCUUGUUAUUUGCCGGAAUAACUCUUGGCGGCUCAGCUGUGGCAUUCGCCGUAAGCACACCGCUUUUUGUCAUUUUCAGUCCAAUUCUCGUGCCAGCAACUAUAGCCACCACUGUGCUAGCCUCGGGUUUCACGGCCUCUGGCUCCUCCGCUGCCACGGCUCUCAGCAUCUUAAUGUGGCUCUACAGGAAAUAUACGGGGAAGGAACCGCCAAAAAUUCCGGGAUUGACCCCGGGGGCUCCGAAGUCUAAGCCAGCGGAUUCUGGGAAUAAAUGGGAGUAG